AUGGCGCACGGCGGCUACCCGCGCCGCGGCGCCGCCGUCCGCCGGCCCAAGUCCUCGGCCUCCGCACCAGUUGCCGACCGCAAGCGGAAGCGGACCGCCGCCGCCAAGACCACCUCCCUUAAGAACCAGAUCCGCUCCACUGAGCGCUUCCUCCGCAAGGACCUUCCUGAUGACAUUAGGGUUGCUCAAGAGAAGAAACUGGAAGAACUGAAGAGGCAACAAGAGCUUCAGAAUCAACUCGCUGUUCAGCGAACAUUGCAGUUGAGAGAUAGAAAGAUAAAAUUCUUUGAGAGGCGGAAGAUUGAGAGGAUGAUAAGGCGCCUUGAGAAGCAGCAACGUUCAAAUGGUGAUGAUUUCAGCAAUAAUCUGUCAAAUUUACGAGAAGAUCUUGAAUAUGUUAGAUUCUUCCCAAAGAAUGAAAAAUAUGUCUCACUGUUCAAUGGAGGGAAUAGCUCAGAUAUUGUUCAAGAGAGGAAUAAAUGGCGUAAACAGAUCAAGGAGAAUCUCAUGGCUGCUGCAGCAAAUGGAAAAGAUUUAGAGGAGACAGCAAGCGAUGAUGAUACCUUGGAUGUGAGUGAUGACGACUUCUUUAUGUCUGGAAGUUCAAGCGAUGAAGAGGCUGAUGAUGAGUGGACUGACAAAAGUGCUAAGGAACCGGCUUCCAGUGCUUCAGGUAGGGCAGCAUCUGGCAUGUCAAGUGAUGAAAAGAACCAGCGUCAGAGAGAUGCUCGAGUUCUUAUGCCACCACCACGCUCAUUAGCACCAAAUAGAGCCAGACAUGCAGAUAAACGUGUGAUAUCUAGCUCGAGCAAUACUUCAAACAGCACAAGCGGUGAAUCAUUUAAAAAUAGAAGAGUACCAAAUCGUCCUGGGGAUAAUAACAGUAAUCUGAGUUCAAAUUCUGAUGCUCAUAAACCACGCCGCAAAAGGAGGCAUAAGAAGAAAAAGAAGCUGGUAUAA